UAUCUUAGAUAUCUGAGGCUACGUCAUUUACAGGUUGGUGAAAGAGGGGUUCAGUUAUCUGGGGGGCAGAAGCAAAGAAUUGCAAUUUCUCGUGCUAUAGUGAAGAAUCCAUCAAUUCUUCUAUUAGAUGAAGCUACAAGUGCACUUGAUGCUGAGUCAGAAAAAAGUGUACAAGAUGCUCUUGAUCGUGUGAUGGUGGGAAGAACAACUGUAAUUGUUGCUCAUCGCCUUUCUACCAUUAGGAAUGCUGAUAUCAUAGCGGUUGUUAACAAUGGCAAGAUAGCAGAAACUGGAACUCAUGAGGAGCUUAUUUCAAAACCAAAUAGUGCCUAUGCAUCACUUGUUCAACUUCAACAAGCAGCUUCUUCACAUCUCCAUCCUUCUCAAGAGCCAACCAUGGGACGACCUCAUAGCAUAAGGUAUUCCCGUGAAUUAUCCCGAACAACAACGCGAAGCCGUGGAGCUAGCUUUCGUUCUGAAAAAUCUGUUAGCGGUAUUGGUGCUGGUGGUGUAGAGGAUGUUAAGUCACCAAAUAUUUCCGCAGGGAGAUUGUAUUCUAUGAUUCGUCCUGAAUGGCAUUAUGGAGUUAUUGGAACUAUCUGUGCAUUUAUUGCUGGAGCUCAGAUGCCUCUCUUUGCCUUAGGGGUGUCACAGGCCCUUGUGUCUUACUACAUGGAUUGGGAUACAACACGCCACGAAGUAAAGAAGAUUUGUUUCCUGUUUUGUGUUGGUGCAGUACUAACCGUCAUCGUUCACGCCAUUGCACAUACUUGCUUUGGAAUCAUAGGAGAGCGGCUUACUCUUCGUGUGAGAGAAAUGAUGUUCUCUGCUAUGCUAAGCAAUGAGAUAGGAUGGUUUGAUGAGAUGAACAACUCAAGUUCUACACUUGCAUCACAAUUGGAAAGUGAUGCUACUCUAUUGCGAACUGUAGUGGUUGAUCGCUCUACUAUUCUCCUACAGAAUGUGGGUUUGGUGGCCACUUCCUUCAUCAUUGCAUUCAUCUUGAAUUGGAGGCUCACCCUUGUUGUCAUGGCUAUGUACCCACUUAUCGUUAGUGGUCACAUCAGCGAGAAACUCUUUAUGUCAGGCUUUGGUGGUGACUUGAGCAAAGCCUAUCUUAGAGCAAACAUGUUUGCUGGUGAGGCUGUAAGUAACAUCAGAACUGUUGCAGCAUUCUGUGCUGAGGAGAAGGUAACUGAUCUCUAUGCUCGUGAACUUGUUGAACCUGCAAAGCGUUCAUUUAGCAGGGGACAGACUGCCGGGAUCCUUUAUGGAGUCUCUCAGUUUUUCAUCUUCUCCUCUUAUGCCCUUGCCUUAUGGUAUGGUUCUGUUUUGAUGGGGAAGGAGCUAACCAGCUUCAAAGCUGUUAUGAAAUCGUUUAUGGUUUUGAUUGUAACUGCUUUGGCUAUGGGAGAGACCCUUGCUAUGGCACCAGACCUUAUAAAAGGAAACCAGAUGGUAGCAUCAGUAUUUGAAGUGCUUGAUCGGAAGACAGAAAUUGUAACCGACAGUGGGGAGGAGGUAACUGCGGUUGAGGGAACAAUUGAGUUUAAGGAUGUUGAGUUCUGCUAUCCUGCAAGACCCGAUGUUCACAUUUUCAGAGACUUCAAUAUGAGACUGCAUGCGGGAAAGAGUAUGGCGAUAGUAGGGCAGAGUGGUUCUGGUAAAAGCUCAGUAUUGGCUCUCAUUUUACGGUUCUAUGAUCCAAUAUCUGGGAAAGUGAUCAUUGAUGGCAAGGACAUCAGGAAGCUAAAGCUCAAUUCUCUAAGAAAGCACAUUGGCCUGGUCCAACAAGAACCAGCACUCUUUGCCACAACAAUCUAUGAAAACAUCAUUUAUGGAAAAGAGGGAGCAUCUGAAGCAGAAGUGAUUCAAGCAGCUAAGCUUGCUAAUGCACAUAGUUUCAUUAGUGCUCUUCCUGAUGGCUACUCGACCCAAGUUGGGGAACGAGGAGUUCAAUUGUCCGGUGGACAGAAGCAAAGGGUAGCCAUUGCCCGAGCUGUUCUCAAGAACCCUGAAAUCUUGCUAUUAGAUGAAGCUACAAGUGCUCUGGACGUGGAAUCUGAGCGUAUAGUUCAACAGGCGUUGGACAGGUUGAUGCGAAACAGGACUACUGUCAUCGUGGCACAUCGACUAUCCACCAUAAAAGAUGCAGAUCAGAUAUCUGUUUUACAAGAUGGGAAAAUCGUCGAUCAAGGGACUCACUCUGCAUUGAUAGAGAACAGAGAUGGAGCAUACUAUAAGCUAAUUAACUUACAGCAACAGCAGCAACAGUAAUAGCACACCAACAUACUUGGAGAUAUUUUUCUCAUACAAACACUUAAAAUGUGUAAAAUUCUUUUCCCCUAUACUUAAUAUAAUUGCAAUAAUAUACUUUGUAUUUAGAGUUGUAUAGGCUAUUUUUAACUGUUCUUUCUUCCCCUGGAAUAUUUUUUCCAUUGUUGAAGGCUUCACUAGUAGGAUGGGGUUGAAAA